CCAGUGGAGACAAGCAUAACUGGGACAUUAAUGAACUUAUAAUAAUACUAGGCUCCCGGGGCCAAUCAUACCCGAGGCCAAGACGAUUCCACGGUGUUCCCGUACCCGUUGACUACUAUUAGAUCUAGACAACAACGAUGUCUCGUCUCUUUCUUUAAAGCCGCGCUCUGACGGCUCCCUGCACUUUCUGUUUUACUUUUGUUUGCCCUUUGUUUGCUUUUUCUUGCAUUACACUUGACAAAUACAUAGUAUUUCCCAUAUCACCCCUCUCCCUUCCUGUAUCUAGGCUACCACCAUGGGUGCCGGUACUGAAGACGAUCUUCACUCCGAGUCUGCCAUGUCUAGCGAGACAGCAGGCCCAUCGUCGUCCGUCAUGGCAACUCGUUCCCACAUGGAUAUGGAUCCCCAGGAAGUCGACAACAUCGUCCGUAUCGCCUCGCAUCUAUCCCGGCGCCAUGAGAACGUCCACCCCGGCUCGACAACAGACGGGGAGACCCUGAACGAAGAUGACCCGGUUCUGGAUCCUUCUGCGAAGGAGUUCGAUCUGCGGAAGUACCUGACCAAAGUACUUCGGGACUUCAGUCGGGAGGGUGUUGAGUCCUCUCAUGCUGGGAUUGUCUUCAAGGACCUCACGAUUUCGGGUUCUGGAGCAGCGCUGCAGUUCCAGAGUACCGUAGCGUCUAUGAUGUCUCUGCCGUCGCAAGUGAAGAACCUCUGGCGGGAGCGUAACUCUCCGGCCAAGAGUAUUCUGCAUGACUUCAACGGAACACUCAAGAGUGGCGAGCUGCUGCUUGUCCUGGGCCGUCCCGGGGCUGGUUGCAGUACCUUUCUCAAAUCUCUCUGCGGAGAGCUUCACGGACUGACUUUGGAUGACGAGAGCGUCGUUCAUUAUAAUGGCGUCCCACAAAAACAAAUGAUGAAGGAAUUCAAGGGAGAAGUCGUGUACAACCAAGAGGUCGACAAGCACUUUCCUCACUUGACUGUCGGACAAACCCUCGAGUUCGCUGCAGCCACACGUACCCCGGCCCGCCGUCUUGGAGGCAUGUCCCGCGACGAAUUCGCCAAGCACGUUACCCAAGUUGUGAUGUCCAUUUUCGGGCUCUCACACACAUACAACACCAAAGUCGGAAACGAUUUCGUUCGCGGAGUGUCAGGAGGAGAGCGCAAGCGUGUCAGUAUUGCCGAAAUGGCACUUGCUGCUGCACCCUUGGCGGCCUGGGAUAACUCCACUCGUGGACUGGACUCGGCCACCGCGCUCAAGUUUGUCGAAUCUCUCCGGUUGUUUGCGGAUCUCACUGGAUCGGCCCACGCGGUGGCAAUCUACCAAGCGAGUCAGAGUAUCUACAAUCUGUUCGACAAGGUUAUGGUUCUCUAUGAAGGACGCCAGAUCUAUAUAGGACCCGCCAAUGAAGCCAAGGCUUUCUUUGAGCGACAGGGUUGGGAGUGUCCGUCUCGACAAACGACUGGUGACUUCUUGACGUCUGUCACCAACCCGUCAGAGCGUCGCGUGCGCCCUGGCAUGGAGAACCAAGCCCCGCGGACGCCGGAGGAUUUCGAAGCCUACUGGAAAGCGUCUCCCGAAUACCAGAACAUGCAAAUGGAUGUCGUCUCUUACGAGAAGAAAUAUCCAUUGGCCAAGGAAGGUGCGACAGACUCGGAUUUCAGCCAGCGCAAGCAGUUGAUUCAAGCAAAGCACACCCGACCUGCCUCGCCCUAUCUCAUCAGCGUGCCCAUGCAAGUCAAGCUCAACACCAAACGGGCGUAUCAGCGAAUUUGGAACGACAUAUCCUCAACCGCGUCAAUUGUGAUAAGUCAGAUGAUCAUGGCCUUGAUCAUCGGUUCGGUUUUCUACGGUACUCCAGAUGCGUCGGCCGGUUUCCAGGCCAAGGGUGCUACUCUUUUCUUUGCGGUUUUACUCAAUGCUCUCAUGGCCAUGUCGGAAAUCAACAGUCUUUACGCGCAGCGGGCAAUUGUCGAAAAACACGCCUCAUACGCCUUCUACCAUCCUUUUACGGAAGCGGUCGCUGGUGUUGUCAGUGAUAUACCGAUCAAGUUUGUGAUUGCCGUGGCCUUCAACAUCAUCAUGUACUUCUUGUCGAAUCUUCGGAGGGAAGCAGCACAAUUCUUCCUGUACUUCCUGAUUACCUUCAUCGUCAUGUUUGUGAUGAGUGCGGUCUUCCGAACACUGGCAGCGAUCACGAAGACGGUCUCCCAAGCUAUGAGUCUGGCAGGUAUUCUUAUCCUCGCACUCGUUGUUUACACUGGUUUUGUCUUGCCUGAACCUUCCAUGCAUCCUUGGCUUGGAUGGAUUCACUACAUCAAUCCUAUCUAUUACGCCUUCGAAAUCCUCAUUGCGAACGAAUUUCACGGUCGGAACUUUACUUGUUCGGAAUUUGUCCCCAACUAUCCGACAUUGUCCGGAAACUCGUUCGUUUGCUCGAUCUCAGGUGCUAAAGCAGGACAGCGCACGGUUAACGGUGACGAAUACAUCGCGGUCAACUGGGAGUACAGUUACAGUCACGUGUGGCGCAACUUCGGUAUCUUGAUCGCCUUCCUCAUCGGAUUCAUGUUCAUUUACUUCGUCGCUACGGAAUUGAACUCGUCGACAACUAGCACCGCUGAAGCACUUGUCUUCCGUCGGGGUCGCGAGCCUGACUACCUUCGCUCGAACCAGGAGGGAUCUUCGGAUCCUGAGAAGGGGGCAGCGCCUGUUGCCACGAGACAGCCGACCAGGACCGAUGAAGGCGAACUCGGAAAGAUCCAGGCUCAUACCGAUAUUUUUACCUGGCGCGAUGUGAGCUACGAUAUUUCGAUCAAGGGAGAGCCUAGACGACUUCUGGACCAUGUCAACGGUUGGGUCAAGCCGGGUACGCUUACAGCCCUUAUGGGUGUCAGUGGUGCUGGUAAGACAACUUUACUCGACGUUUUGGCGCAUCGUACCUCAAUGGGUGUCAUCACUGGUGACAUGCUUGUCAACGGUCGGGAACUUGAUCAGAGUUUCCAACGGAAGACUGGUUACGUUCAGCAACAGGAUUUGCAUCUUGACACUGCCACUGUGCGAGAGUCGCUUCGGUUCAGUGCUUGUUUACGGCAGCCUCCGACCGUGUCCAUUCAAGAGAAGUAUGACUACGUGGAGGAGGUUAUCCGGAUGUUGAACAUGAGUGACUUUGCGGAAGCUGUCGUCGGUGUUCCUGGCGAAGGUUUGAAUGUUGAGCAGCGGAAGCUGUUGACCAUUGGUGUCGAACUUGCCGCUAAGCCUAAGCUUCUUCUCUUCUUGGACGAACCGACUAGUGGUCUCGAUUCUCAAUCCUCCUGGGCUAUUUGCGCGUUCCUGCGGAAGCUGGCAGACAACGGUCAAGCAGUUCUCUGCACAAUCCACCAGCCCAGCGCCAUCCUCUUCCAGCAAUUCGAUCGACUCCUCUUCCUCGCUCGCGGUGGUAAAACGGUCUACUUUGGCGAAAUUGGCGAAGACUGCCGCACCCUCCUGGACUACUUCGAGAGCAACGGCGCCCGAACGUGUGAAUCCGACGAGAACCCAGCAGAAUUCAUGCUCGAUAUCGUGAACGCCGGCCAAAACACACAAGGAGAAAACUGGUUCGACGUCUGGAAACGGAGUCAGGAAGCCCGAGGAGUUGAAGCGGAAAUCGAGCGUAUCCAUGAGGAGCAGAAGAACAAGGCACCUGUCGGUGAGGAUGAUCAUGCGGCUAGAAGUCAUGAAGAGUUUGCUAUGCCGUUCUGGUACCAGUUGUAUCUGGUUACCUACCGUGUUUUCCAGCAGUACUGGCGUAUGCCGUCGUACAUUAUGUCGAAGUGGGCGCUUGCAAUCAUGUCUGGACUGUUUAUCGGUUUCUCCUUCUUCCAGGCGAAAACGUCGCUACAGGGCUUGCAAACGAUUGUCUACUCCGUCUUCAUGAUUUGCACGAUCUUCUCGUCUUUGGUUCAACAGGUCAUGCCCCUCUUCGUAACCCAACGAUCCCUCUACGAAGUCCGCGAACGCCCCAGCAAAACCUACUCCUGGAAAGCCUUCCUCAUCGCCAACAUCGUCGUCGAAAUCCCCUACCAGAUCAUUAUGGGCAUCCUCGUUUGGGCCUGCUACUACUACGCCAUCGUCGGAAUCCAGACCUCCGCCCAACAAGGCCUCGUCCUCCUCCUCUGCAUCCAGUUCUUCAUCUACGCCUCUACCUUUGCACACAUGGCCAUUGCCGCCAUCCCUGACACUGAAACCGCCAGUGCAAUCGUCACCCUGAUCUUCGCCAUGUCGCUUACCUUUUGUGGUGUCAUGCAGACUCCCACGGCGCUCCCUGGUUUCUGGAUCUUCAUGUACCGCGUCUCCCCGUUCACGUACUGGAUCAGCGCUAUUGCCUCGACACAAGUCCAUGGGAAAGUAGUCGAAUGCUCCGCGGCUGAAGUCUCCCUCUUCGACCCUCCAUCCGGCCAGACCUGCAAACAAUACCUCGCUGAGUACAUGAGUUACGCCCCGGGAACAUUGCAAAACCCCAACGCAACAGCGGACUGCAGAUACUGCUCCGUGAGUGUCGCAGACCAAUUCCUUGCCGGAUCAAACAUUUACUACAGCGAGCGCUGGAGGAACUUCGGCCUUGUGUGGGCGUACAUCGCGUUUAACAUCUUUGCAGCUACGAUGCUGUACUACCUGUUCCGGGUAAAGCGGUGGAACAUGAGUGGUUUGAAGGAGAAGUUCUCGAAGAAGAAAUAGAGUGAUUGCUUGAGUGGUUUACUUGCUUGGGUGGUUGAGUGUUUUGCACAGCGUUGAAGUUUUGAGACGUUUAUACCAAUACCCGUACAUAGAU